GUUGAGAAUGAACUCUCCCAUCUCCAGUGGCAACGGAGAAACAGCCCGGAGCAGGUGGGGAGCGCGAACCGCCGAGUCUGCAGGCUGCAAACCCGGGCCCGGCACCUGUCAAUCACCGGAGCAUCUGGGGACCCGGCACCUGUCAAUCACCGGAGCAUCUGGGGACCCGGCACCUGUCAAUCACCCGGCUGAGGAUAAAAGGGGGUCUAUGAUCUGCAGCGGUCGCCGGUCGGAUCCGGAGCCCCGGGUGCAGACCGUUGUCUCAGCAUGAAGCAACACACCGGGAACAUGGCCGAUAUCCUGGCAAAUGAGCAGUUCCUUCGAAGCGAAUUGUCAAGGUCCAGGAAAGGUCCCCAGCAGCAGAGGGAGGUGUGGCAGGAGCUGGAUCCACCCGACCUUCCGCCAGAUGAUGGGUUACUGGUCACACACGUCAAUCAGACCAGCCAGCUGUUGAAAACCGGCGCCGGAGCAGCAACGCCCACGGACGCCCAGACCUCCGCCGAGUGGCUGGCCAAUCACGGCCUGGAGCGCCAGAAGUUGACAGUCCACGACCUCCUCGCUCAAGGCCGGAUCGUCACGAGCAAGACCGAGGCUGAGGUGAAGCAUCUGCAGGUCAGCCUCGACCUGGUUGACAGCUUUGAAUCCAGAGUCCGUGAAUUGAUUAACAUGUGCCAGAAACGGAUACAAUGGCUCAAGGAAGAGAGCAGAAAGGUGUUCGGGUUGGUGAAGGGCAGGCGCCUGGGCGUGCUCGUCGACUGUUCCAAUGCAAACUGUGGGCUUGGCCGCCAGCGGGAGUUGCAGGAAGCUCUGCUGGCUCUGUUGGACGAACAGUUGGGCUACAUGAGGCAGCUCUACCUCUUGGGCUUCGGCAGUGACCUCCACCCCCUGUGGGAGACCGCACGUGACGUCAACGUACGCACGUUGGACGAAGCCCGUCAGUGGGUUCAGGGGCUGCACCCCAGUGGCAGCUGCAACCUGCUGCGGGCUGUGAACCGAGUGGUGAAAGUCCGGCGGCUGGACGGGCUACUGGUUAUCCUGGGAACAUGCCCCGACCAGCCCGCGGAGAUUCUGUGCGACCAUGUGCAGCAGUGCCUGCUGGGGAGGCGCCUGCCCAUCCACGCGGUGGCUUACGACUGCAGCGAUCACAUGACCCAGGCGUUGCUCAGAUCACUGGCGGAGACCUCAGGAGGACGUUACCACUCCUACACCCUGGGCAGCCAGACCUGUUGGGGCAGUGACAUGGAAGCCUUGGUCAGGGAGUUGGAGCGAGCGGGCGAGGUGUUGGAGCGAGUGUCCGAGCUGCGGAGCGGCCUGGUCGGGGACGCACUCGGUGCCUUCCUGAAGGAGGUGUCGACGGAAGUUGCCGGAAUGCCGCCUGCUGGGUUCCUGCCGUGCCCCCCCAACCACGAGGGGCCGCUGUCCGUCGAGACCCCCAGCUUCCUGCCCAGGACCUCGGCCGAGUGGCUGAAGGAGAACGGUCUGAAAGCCAGGAAGCUGGGUCUGUACCAGGUGUUGGCGCCAAACGCCUUCUCUCCGCUGGAGGAGUUCGUCCCCAUUCUGCGCAAGACCGUCUCCUCCACCCUGCACCAGAAGGCCAUGAUGCAGCUGGAGUGGUAUGACGGCACAGUGAAAAACCUGCACGUGGACCCACCCCAACUGUUCGAGUAUCAGAAGCGCCUGUCCCGAGCCAUGACCCGGUUUGAACACAGGACUGAGUGGCUGUCCAGCCGGAGCAGGAGGAUGUGGGGCAACCUUUGUGAGAAGAGGGUGAUCGUGGUGUUGGACACCUCGCUCCACAACGUCAGGCACAUCAUCCACCUGCAGCACAGUGUGCGGCUGCUGCUCGAGCAACAACUGGCCAACAAGGAGACCUUCAAUCUCUUAGCGUUUGGUUCCGAGGUCAGACAGUACCAGCCGGGCCUGGUUCCCGUCACUCCCGCCAACCUGCAGGCUGCCUGGAGGUGGUGCCUGGCUCUGCAAUGUGGAGGCAGCCGGAACCUACUGGCUGCACUGAAGGCUGCGAUGGAGAACGAUCAGACGGAGCUCGGGGCUCCCUGUGGGCUCUACCUCCUCACCACGGGAGUUCCCGAUCAGGCGAUGGUCACCAUCACCAGCUACGUUGCCGAGCUCUGCGCGGGUCGCGACCUCCGGCUCCACGCCUGCCUCUUCAGCAUCGACCCCGAGCUGGAGGGCCCUCCGCCGCCUCGAUACGCCUCGCCGCGCGAGACGGCGGAUGCGGUGCGCGAGCUGGCACGCUCUGGUCACGGCAGGUUCCACUGGUUCCGGGAAACGGGUAUUGUCGAAAGUGACGAUAUUCAGCUCCUAUUGGCUGAAAUGGAAAAAGCAGCCAACUACUCCGAGAAGUGCGCCCUGUUGCUGCAGUCACUACGGCAACGCUGGGGGAAGCCGUCUCCGGAACAGCCGGUCCCUGCGGACAGUCUACAGGUGGCGGUGAAGAAGGGAGACCGCUGUCCUCCAAAGCUGCUGGCUCCCAAACCCACGGCCCUGACCCUGGCCAGAAUGAGAGCGCGGGGGGUCGGAGCCGAGGAGAGCCGGCCGGCCGCGAGGGCCUUGACCUGGCGUCCGAGCAGCGGGAAGGAAGCCGGCAGUGGAGCUCAUCCCGGCACAAGGUGGGCCUGCCCUCCCCUGGCAAACCAACCCAGGCGAAAGGUCUCAAGGUCAGCGUUUUACACCGACGAGGGAAAUAAAGUGGGUGCCGUGUAUCAGACCUAUCCCAGGACAAGGAGCGUGAGGACAGUCAUCCCCUCCAUAUCCCUGCCAAAGGAAGAAGAAAUCUGCUCAACCGCAGAGUGGCUCCAGAAGCUGAGUGUGAGGAAGCUGGGGUUGGACCUGCACAGACUGGUGUCCGGUCCGGGCUGCAGCCACAGGAUGAAGCUGGUGCCGAGCUUACACAGGAGAGUCUGCGCCCGGUUCUGCUCAGAAUUCCCCAAGGUGCAGAUCAACGGAGAGUACAGGCACCUGUACCUUCAGCCGCAGGAGCUGGACUGUUACAUCGAGCGAGUGGAGCAGCUCCUUCGCCGGUACCUGGGCCGACUGCAGUGGCUCCUGUCAGGAAGCCGGCGUCUGUUCGGAACCAUCCUGGAGAAGAGAGUUUGCAUCUUGCUGGACACCUCGGGUUCCACCGAGCCCUUCCUGGCUGUUCUGAAGAAGGAACUGAGCUCCCUCAUCUGGGAGCAACUGAGGAGAAACAGCCACAGCUUCAACUUGCUGACCUUCGCGGAGCAGGUGGACAGUUGGCGGGACGGCCUGGUGGAAGCCACCGACGCGACCUGCCAUGACGCCAUUCAGUGGGUGUCGAACGCCAUCGCCCACGGGAACACUUGCACCCUGGAGGCACUACAGAGCGCCUUUCGACAUUUGGACGUGCAGGGGGUCUACCUACUGACGGACGGCAAGCCCGACACCAGCUGCCGCUUGGUUUUGAAGGAAAUGCAGCAGAUGAACCGGGGCCGAGGCGUGAAGGUCCACACCAUCUCAUUCAACUGCACGGACAGCACUGCCAAUGAGUUCCUCAAGAAGCUGGCAGCCCAGACCGGAGGCCGUUUCCAUCGUUGCCAUGGAGCCCUUGAUGGGCAGCUGGUAGCGCACAAAAUGAUAACGGAAGGAUUUUCCGAUGAAGACCACCCCAACCUCCCCGCCUUUGAGGGUGACGAUUUAAAGAGGCUCUCGGAAGAAAUUACGAAAGCUCGACAGUUCCUGACACAAGCUCGGUCCUUCAGAACUUUACUUUCGGAUAAACAAACACAAGGUGCAAAAGCCACUGAAGGUUAGAACAUAUCGCCAGCUGGUGGAGACAACUCAUAUCCUUCGACACCAGUGCCUUUGGAAUUCCCUCACAGCUUCAAAUCAAAACACUGCAGCUGCUGGAAAUCUGAAAAUCAGCAAAUGCUAGAAACACUUGGGUCAGGCAGCAUCUGUGGAGAGAAAGUGAACACUUCAGGCAGAAGAUCCAAAAAGUGAGAGAAUGGAACUCAUGUAUAACUCAAUGCUUUGAGAGAUGAACUUGCGCUCUGGUGUUGUGUAAUUGUACACAAGUACUCAAAUUCCAUGGGAUUGCUAACCCACUGGAGCUGAAACUCCCUCAAACAGCAAUGCCAAGAAUCUCUGGCACUUGCAACAAAUUGAGGUGUUUUUUGGAGGGAUUCUUCAUUACUAAG